AUGCAACUCAUUGAGCAAGACGAAAUCCCGGUUAAAACAUUAAUCGACCAAGGUAUAGACGCUGAAGAUGUGAAGAAACUAGAAGAUGGUGGGAUCUAUACCUGCAAUCGUCUGAUUUACCUAACCAAGAAGUACCUCACAGAAGUCAAAGGUAUACCAGAGUCCAAAGUUGACAAAAUUUUGGAAGAAGCUGAGAGAAAAAUGAUUCCACAUCUAACCAAAAAUCAGAAGAAGGAGUUGAAGGAAAAGAAGAACAAGGAGCAAGCCUCCGCACAAACUGAGGAUGAAAGAGUCUCAAGGGAAAUCGCUCAAUUUAACGCGAAGGUUAAGAGGACUGAGGAUGAUAUGUUGAAGCUUAUACAGGGAUUGAAAAGGGAGAGUGACAUGGAUUAUCUCAAGGCAGUCCUAAUAAAUUUGAAGCACGAGAUUAUUCAUUCCAUUGAACGCAAAAUGUAA